AUGCCGGAGUUGCAUAAUAUUCUUCAGGAAAAUGCAACUCCAAGCGCUGAUUCAGCCUUUACCUCUCCAUCGCUGCCCACAGUGGGAUCGACGUUUGCUCGACCAGGCAGCUUGAGAGCCAAAACCUGUCGCUCCCUUACUUGUAUGCGUCUUGUUGUGGCAACCUUAGCCUCUGUUGCAGCAGUUGCAGUGCUCAUUUCUUUCUGUUCGCGCUUUUUCGAGAGGCGUGCAGUGCAGGGCAUCCCAAGCCGCACGCUGGCCAGCCCAAAAGACACUGAUGGAUCGACUGGUAUAUGUGGUGAAAGUGGUGAAGGUGAAGAGCAGCAACAACGCACGAGACCGCAACAUCCCAGUUCCCCUGCUCGGGGAAUUCUGGCUCUUCCCAUUAAAAAGAGAUUUUUGGCACAAGCGGUUGAAAGUGGGACCGGUGGCGAUGGGCGUACUCCCUACCAGCAAGCAGAGCAGCAGGAUGUGUUUCUAGAUGAUCGCGUUGGAACUCCCUUUGGUUUUGUUCCACCGGGGGCCGUUCCAAGGCCGGGACAGCUUCACCUGCAGCAAUUACCAUUUGGCACUCCACAGCCAUCGGGUGAAGAGCGCACGCCAGCAGAGCUUGACGCAGCCUCAGGAAUCCUGAAUCUACAAUCUACACACUACACACCAGCGUCCGAAGAUGCUGCUGAUCCGAAGGCAGAAGAGAAGAAGUCCUUCGAUUCGCAGGUGCGGCAGCUGCAGCGACAGAUUGAACAAAUGCAAAGGAGGCUGAAUCAGCUGCAGCAGAAGUUGCAUAAGAGGCGGCAUUCCCGGCGACACCAAAGGGCCCAUUUACAUCAGCAGCACCAGUUAGGAUUGUACCAACAGGGACGACCCAUGCUUUCGCAGGUUCCCCUUAGGGAGGACGAAGGGGAUCAUCAGCCUUUACUUCAAGCAAAUGCACUGCACCGGGGGCAGCAGCAGCAGCAGCAGCACCAGAAGCAGCAAGUGAUGCAACGGCAGGGAACGCAAAAGGCGAAACAACAGGAACAGAAGGUGGUACAAGAUAUUGGGCGAACACGAAUUCGUAAGCGGAAACAGCAGGACAGCCAGCAGGCGAGGCAACAGGAGCAGCAGGUGCUAGCGGAGAAGAAGCGGAAACAGGAGCACGAGCAAACGCAACAAGUGCAGAAGAAGGGGGAGCUAGAGAAGCAGAAAUUACUGGAGGACCAGCAGCGGUUGGAGCCUGCUGAACUGGUGUCGGAGGAAGAUGUAUGGAUUUCCCACGGCUCUCAAACGACUGAAAAGCCUCUGCCGAGCACCUCUCAACAAGUGUUGCAGCUGUAUGCUUCUGCAACGUCCUCAGGUCCAUCGACAUUCGAGGCCUUUAGAGGGCAGGUGACUCCGGAAAUUCAUCAUGCUUCACCUUCUAUUGCUGGUGCAGAUGAAUCACGUUAUGGAUCUGCUCAAGCUUCCGCUGAUGCGGCCUCAGCAGCAAGCGGUGUGUCUGUGCGUGACAUGCCUAUUCCGGGACCGUCUUCUGCAGCACUGACGACAAGUAAAGGAGGCACGAGCUUGCAGGUUCCGACACUCUCUAGUUUAUUGACUCGUGAUGAAGCCGCAGAUGCAGAAUCCGCAGCAGCAGCAGGUGCCUCCAUGCUUGCAUCUGUAUCGACACCGGCAGGCGGGGGGCAGCUUGUGGCGCCGAAUUCUUACCUUGAUCCUAUGAGAGAGCACCCGUUUGUUUACCUGCCGAGUCCAAUAUUGGAGCGGACUCCUGGCCCGUUUGUUCUUAACAUCAAGGCCGCCAUAUCCAGACCGCCGGGCAGGCGGAAUCCUGUGCCGUUGCUGGAGCAGGUUCGUCGCCUCUUCGCCAACCGCGUUUUAGAUCUUCAACAGAUGAAGGAACUGCGGGACAUAGGGCAAUUACUUGUAGGGCACGCAUAUUACCAUCAGCAAGAUGACCUGUCAAACCACCAGACGUACCGCAUGGUUCACCGUCUGGGAAUCCGCUUUCUAGUGCUGGAUGCUGUGGUUUCCAUUUGCAUAGUCCUCAGGCAGACACCAGCUGCCGAUGAUUGGAAAGCCUUCGUAGGUGCGAUUAGCCACUCUCCGCCCCCCCCGACCCCACGGGGGAUGGCCCUUUGCCGGUCGAGUUUCUUCACAUGUCUGGUUAACGAACUCAGCAUGGCAAUACAAACUCUCAAGACAGGAAGGCGACCUUCACCCUCAGAUCUGGUGAGGAUUAAGCGGAUGCUCUUCUGCUCUGAAUACUCUCCGCCGCGCCUCAAAGAGGAAGAUUUUGAUGGUUGGCGGAAGGAUGACGGUUGUAAAAUCCGUUGGCAUUAG